GGCGGGGUCGACGGCGAGGCGAAGAAGGAGAGGCCUGCUGCAUUUUCUCUCUCUUCUUUUCAACGGAGCGCGCGCUAUUUCUUCCCGCUUCUGCCUCUCUCUUCCUCAAGCACUCCUCUCCUCUCUGUCCCGAGUCCUCUCACUCACCCCAAGCGCCCCCCUCCUCUCUGUCUCGAGCCCUCUCACUCACCCUAAGCGCUUCCCUCCUCGCCUCGUUCUUGGUCGAUGAUGGCGGAGCUCUGCUUGAUGGCUUCGCAUGGUUAUCCGCCGAGCCUCGUUCUUGGUCAGGAGCAAGGGCGCGAGCAGAGUCGUCAGGGAUCUUCAGCCAAUUUUGCCUGCUGCUAGGACAAGACAAGACAUUAUAAGAUUGGGAUCCAUGACCCUCAGUCCUAAUCAAUUCAAGGAGGCAGUGGAACCCCUAUAUGUACUGUUAGCAGCAAAGCAGUGUGUGCAGAUUGAUUCUGUGGAGAAAGAUCCCAUGAUUCUAGAUUUGCAAGAUGUCCACUCAACUACUGGGCCCCUAGGCACCGGAAUUGCUGAACAAUCCACCAUGCAGAGAGAAGUCUUUGAGUUUAGCAUGUCUGGAUUGAGUUGUGCUGAAAAGGCUGGACUAGAUAUGUCUCUAGUAUCUGAUUUAAAGGGUCUUCACUCAGUGGAAACUGACAUGCAUCGCCUGCCCAUCAUUCCUUCUCUCGUCUACCCUAACUUUCAAUUUUCCACUCAGAGCGCUCUCUCAGAUUUCAUGGGAGAUUUGGUCCGAAAUUCAAAAAUAACCAUUAACUCCGAUGGUAGUCUUGAUCGCAGCUAGUGGGGCUGAGAUGAAGGAUCUCCUCUCAAUUGUAGCGGAGUUUUACCUAUUGAGGAACUUAACUCAAGGAGAAAGCUUU